UGAAGGGGAAGUACAUUGAAACACAAUGUCGUCUUCAAUAUGCCCAAGAAUUCCUCCCUUCGUUAUCCCUCAAUGUCCAGAUUGUGAUAAGUUUUGGACUUGUCGUUGUGUUUAGUGUUAUGUAUGGUCACCUGGUGAAACAUAGAGUCGACAUCUUCGCAAAUAAUCCAAACACAAGUUACACAACGACGAACGAGGGCGUAGAAGAAAGCCAGCCACUACAGUUUGAAUCGCCAGCUGCACCGGAAGUCUAUCGAAGUAGUAAUCGUAAUUUUGUAUUUAUGGCUUACAUAAUCCAUUUGAUCGUUUGUCGUAUAAUACCACUGACAAUAUUCUCAGCAUUUCUCUUAACCUCAUCCAAUUUUCCGACCCAUUUUGAAUGUCCUUUGCCCAACAUGAGAACAACAACUAGUACUUCCCAUGAGAACGUCGCAGGACCAACUACGAAUUCUUCAUUUCUGGACUGCACUUAUUCAAUGGCUGGGAAGAAACAACAAGUUGUUGUCGGCUUUAUCACGAUAAAUUUUCUCUUCGAUGCAGUGACACUCGUUGAGAUUGUUUAUUUGUUGUGGUCAGCAUUGAAGAGAUCAACUUUCCAUACUGAUCAGGAGUUCAUUAGCGUGUACCUUUUACGAAAACGAACCAAAACAAUCCUAGAAAUAAACAAAAUAAUUCCAUCAAUCCAAUCUAAAAAUUUAUUUGACCUGACUGCAAUCUUAGGAGGAAAACGUUUGUCAGAUCGAAAACUGGAGGAGAUCUAUAUCAAUGUUAUGAUUCGAGGUGGAAGGGAAACUUCUAGGAAAAUAUAUAAAGAUAGACAUGAGAUUUAUAAAGCUCGUUUAGAAAAACUCCCUAAUGCAAAAGUUCUUGAGAGUACAGCAGAAUUAUUUCAAGCAGCUUCUGGUAAGAAACAACCUAGAACUGUUCUGAUAGUGGGCAGACCUGGAAUUGGGAAAACUCUACUGACAAGAAAAAUAUUUCAGGAGUAUCAAAAACACACAGAAAGAUUCUGGCAUGGAAGAAUUGUACUAUUGAUCCAAUUACGUGAUUUUAACAAGGGAGAAAGAAGUCUUAAAGAAAUAUUAAGUCAAGUUCAUGGUUCAGUUUUGCCAGCUUAUUGCAACAUGACCAUCUACGAAUAUAUUUACAGGAACCCAAGUAAUGCGAUUCUUGUUUUUGAUGGCUUAGAUGAACUUAAAGUUGAUAAAAGGUGUUUAACUGAUGAAAAGAUCAUAAACAGCCCAGACAAAGUGUGUCACAUCUUUCGUAUCCUUAAACAGCUGGUGGAAGGCAAACUAUUGCCUGGAGCUACUGUACUAAUCACAUCUCGACCUACAGCAGAAGAUAUUUAUCAGUAUCUAAAGUUUGAUCGGGAAAUAGAGAUACUGGGUUUUAAUGAGGAACAGAUAGAAAAGUAUGUUAAAAUGUUUUGCCAUGAUGACAUUAGAAGUUCAGAGAUGUGGCAAGUAAUCAAGAGUUCGCCAGAACUUUUAAGCUUCUGUUACAUACCAGUCAACUCCUAUAUAGUGUGCUUGACAUUAUAUGAAAGCCUUGAUUUUGGUCAACAUGAGAAGGAUAAAAGCUACAGCAAGAUUCCUAAAACAAUGACUGAAAUGUACAAAAGAGCUAUAAGGAUUUUGUUGUUCAAACACAAUUCAAAAUAUGUGAAUAAACCAGUCCCAAAGGAUUAUCUGACUGCAAAACUUCCAGAGCAGCUUCAAAACAACUUAGACAAACUGAAAGAAAUUGCAAAGCAAGGCAUGGAAGACAACCAGCUAGUUUUUCAGUUUGAUGGCACUGAUGAAUUUAUAGAUGACUUAGCAGAUUGCGGUGUAUUUAAUCAGUUAGAAGAUGAAAAUCAGUACAUCUUUUCUUUCCUUCAUCUUACAAUUCAAGAGUUUCUGACUGCACUAUAUGUAGUUGAUGAUAUUAGAAAUGUUGAAUCAUUUUUAUCUAAACACAUUGAUGAACCCAGGUGGCAUUUGGUGAUCCAGUUUGUAUCUGGGUUACUUGGAGAUAGGAUGAGGGAGUUAAGGUCAGCAGAGCAUAAAGACAAUGAAGUGAUUGAACGUAUAAGUAAAAGAUUUCAAGACUGGAUGCCAAAGAAACGAUAUAUUGACAAGAGUAGUGACAAAGGUAUACUCGUGAUAAAAAGUGUUUGGGAAAUGCAAGAAGAUCGCGUCAUGAAAAUGAUUUCGUCGUUUGCGUCUGAGGAUGAUGAUGAUGAUGAUGAUGAUGAAACAUUUACUUUGAGCCACAUAAGUAUUGCACCAGCAGAAUCUACGGCUUUGUUCAAAUUUUUAAGCCACAUCAAAAACUUGAAAAAGCUUCAAAUCAUUGAUUGUACUGUGACGAACUUUACUAUCCGUGAAUUGGCUGAGUUUUUGAAGAAAGAUAACCAUGGCCUGGAGAGUGACAACUGUAAACUUGCUGUACUAAAUGUAAGUGACAAUAGAGGUUUAGAAACUGAAAGUGCUAAAUAUUUAAGUGAUGCUUUGAAGAAUGACAACUGUAAACUUACUGAACUACAUUUCAGUGGCAAUGAUUUAAAAACUGAAGGUGCUAAAUAUUUAAGUGAUGCUUUGAAGAAUGACAACUGUAAACUUACUAAACUAGAUUUAAGUGGCAAUGGUUUAAAAACUGAAGCUGCUAAAUAUUUAAGUGAUGCUUUGAAGAGUGACAACUGUAAACUUACUGAACUAUAUGUAAGUGGCAAUCAUUUAAAAACUGAAGGUUCUAAAUAUUUAAGUGAUGCUUUGAAGAAUGACAACUGUAAACUUACUGAACUAUCUGUAAGUGGCAAUCAUUUACAAAUUGAAGGUGCUAAAUAUUUUAGUGAUGCUUUGAAAAAUGAAAACUGUAAACUCACUGAACUAAAUGUAAGUGGCAAUGAUUUAAAAACUGAAGCUGUUAAAUAUUUAAGCGAUGCUCUGAGGAGUGACAACUGUAAACUUACUGGACUAAAUGUAAGUCGCAAUGAUUUAACAACUGAAGCUGUUAAAUAUUUAAUCGAUGCUAAGAUUGACAACUGCAAACUGAUUUACUAAAUGUAAAGUCAUAAUGGCUGCAAUCCUGUAAAACGCAUCAAA